AUCUCGUCGGUGUUUUCGAUAAUAAAAUAAUAACUGGAUGAAAUAAAAUAACCGUAUGAAUUAAAUAAUUCGCGUAAUUAUCUUCGAUCUAAUCAAACGGCCGGUAAUGUCAACAUUCUUCAAUUACCUCCGGGCCCACCGGGCCCACUUGAUGGUCACAAAAGUUUACCCAGGGCUGACGGUCUUUAAUAAUAUCUGGUCGGUGCCAGGGCUGACGGUCUUUAAUAGUAUCUCGUCGGUGGCGUCGUCUUUUCAUUUGUGUCGGUCAACAAAUAUUUCCAGUAAUCCAUCCCAGAUCUGCCGCCAUGGCGAGCUUAUUGAACUUGUGCGAGCGUUAUUUCGGCACCCAUAAUUUUUAUGACGCAUUGAAGAUACCAAAAAGCGCGGACGACAAGCAGGUGAAGAAGGCUUAUUACAAACAAGCGUUACUCGUACAUCCGGAUCGGGUCGAGGAUAAUAUCAAGGCCGAAGCAACGGAGAAGUUCAAAAUCCUUGCUGGAAUAUAUUCCGUUCUCAGCGAUAAUGAAAGACGCAAAGUUUACGACAAAUCCAUACAAUACGAGAAAAGCGAAGACAUCGUCUUGCGCAAAUUGAUCGAGUAUAUUUCCUUACUUGAAAAAAUAAUAACUGUCAAAAAUAUCAAUGGGAGAGAGAAGAUGAGAUCGUUUGUACCAGUUUCUUUGUGUUCCCUUCUCAGAACGAGAAGGGAUUAUGACGAAUCCAGACAAAAGGAAAUCAUCAUACGCAGAUUGACAGACUAUUUGUUAUUUUUACUCGAAGAAAUAUCAACUGUCAAAGAUAUCAAUAAUUGCGAGAAGCGGUGAUUGUUUUUAUUAGCUCUCUUUUGUGUCUCCUCUUAAGGAGAAAGGAGUACGAGAAGGAAGUUGAAGUCAGAAUGCACAAAUUAACCAUCGACUAUUUGAUAUCCUUACUUGAAGAAAUGUCAACUGUCGAAAAUAGUACUUACAAGAAGCUGAAAUUGUUUUCAGUUUCUUUGUGUCUGUUUCUCUUAAAGAGAAAGGAUUCAUAUUAACAAGAUAGCAACUCUAGAAGAUCUAUAAAAUAAUAUACACGCUUGUAGAAGUUGCAAUGUCUUGCUUUCUCAACUGCAUAUAGAAAUAAGGGUAUUUUAGCUUAAUACUUUAGCACUAUUUGGAGAGAAAAAGAGAGAAAAGAAAAAUAUUAAAACCGAUAUAAUUCUCUUAAAUUAACAUACCCCUAUUCCUCAGAAAUUAGGCUUGAUCAGAGUUGAUAUGAACUUGAUUCGAUUAAUUAGUUUAUUCACGUUAAAAGCUCACAAUUUGUAUAUUCGCUUAUUUUUAUGUUAUAUUGGCUUACAUUGACAUUUCUCGAAGUUCGAAAAUUUUCUUGCUCUGCAACUUUCUUUGGUGAAUUACAUAAUUUAAACAGCGGAA